ACACGGGGAGUCAUGUGACCGCAGCCGGAGAGGAAGCUUCAAUCACGGGGACCAUGUCGGAGCGGACGCCGCUGCUGCAUUACCGGCUCUCCGCCAGCGUCAACGAGUCCGGUGAACACCGGGACACUCGGACCGGGAGGGAUGAGGACGAGCACCGGAGCCCCGCGGCCGUCGGACGGAAACCCGCCGCUAAACAGCCGCCUAAACUCAACAUUUUCUUCGGCGUGGUGAUUCCAACACUGCUGUCAAUGUUCAGUGUGGUGGUGUUCCUGCGGAUCGCACACCGGCUUAGUGAGAAGCCACUGGGAUGGCUCGUCGCUGUCUGCAUCUCGGUACAUGGUUCUGCCGACCGGUUACUGGUGGUCUCUGCUGUACGGCACGAAACCAAACCACCACCCUUCCUCAUCUUCAUCAUCGUCAUAGUGGUUUUGGGGACCAUCUUCAUCAGUUUCUUCAUCGUGCCGUUUCGAACAGUCCAGCUGCCUGGCCACAGAAACGCCUCCAUCGGCCCGACAAGUGAUCUGAAGAACCCGAGCUACUCCAUUCCUCGUGGAACCAUCACAGCUGUCAUCUUCACCUUCGUCAUCUACAGCCUGCUGAGUAUACUGAUCUCCUGCACCUGUGACCGGAUUCAUCAGAGAAUACGACAGUUCACGACGACUUACAAAAUGGGAGAGUACAACCUAAAGGCGAUUCUUCUUAAAGAGGCAAACAGAGCACAGGAAGCUUCGCGGUCCUCCUUCAGCAGGAUUACGGUAGGUAAUCCACACACAGGGAGAAUCACGUCCGAACUGGCGGAUCCGUUCGGACGAUUGCGGGCGGGAACUCGUCCACCGAUGUCGGCUGCCAUGAAGAAACCUGAUCGGAAAGCGUGCCCGCGUGCUCUACGGCUCUGUUCCCGAGAGCGACCUGGCCGCGGUGGAGCGCCCUGCAAACACUCGCAGAAACGCCUCGCCACAACACACCACUCCAAACACACGUCUUCCAGCGGGAACCCCUGGGUGUCUGUGCUGAUCUCCUGGUUCCUCGUGCAGGGUGACAUCACUUGGAAGAGAGCAGGUCUGCUGGCUUUUAACAUAAUUGCUGCUGCUGCUCGGAGCGGCGCUGGAGGAGAGGAGGAGGAGGAGAAAGAAAGAUGGAAGUCUCUGUCUGUCCGCAGGCCCACGUUCAGGUAUUUCACGUGGCACACGUGUGUUCUGGGGAUCAUCGGCUGUGCCAUAAUGAUGUUCCUGAUCAACGCUAUCUACGCUUCGGCCAGCAUCGCCUUCAUGCUGCUGCUGCUGCUGCUGAUCCACUACCUGAGUCCCGUCAGCAGCUGGGGCUGCAUUGCCAGGCGUCUCAUCUUCCACCAGGUGCGUAAAUACCUGCUGAUGCUGGACGUUCGUAAGGAUCACGUGAAGUUCUGGAGGCCGCAGGUGCUGCUGAUGGUGUCCAACCCCAGGUGCAGCGUGGGAUUGAUUUUUUUCUAUUCAUUUAUUAGGAUCAACGACAUCAAGAAGAGCGGCCUUUAUGUGCUGGGAAACGUGCAGCUCGGAGACCUCGACGUUCUCCCGUCGGAUCCGCUGCAGUCUCAGUAUGACUCCUGGUUGUCUCUGGUGGAUCAUUUGAAUAUUAAAGCGUUUGUUAAUCUCACGCUGGCCGACUCUGUCAGACACGGAGUUCAGCACCUGCUGUUCAUAUCGGGUCUCGGCGGUAUGAGACCCAACACUCUGGUUUUGGGUUUCUAUGACGACACGCCGCCUCAGGACCAGCUGCAGGACUCCGCUCUGCCGAUCUGCAGAUUCUCUGAGAGCACCGCUCAAGUCGACGACCCCGAAAAUCAGAGCGACCCGCCCUUCCAUUUCCCGCCGGUGCGAGGGGGCGUGUCUGUGGGCAGGGACGGGAAGUCUCUGGGGCCUCAGGAGUAUGUGUGCAUCAUCGCAGACGCGGUGAAGAUGCUGAAGAACGUGGCGUUGGUGCGAUAUUUCGAUCAGUUCGAUCGUACGCAGUCGCUCCAGGGGUCCGUAUUCGUCGACGUGUGGCCCGUGAAUCUCCUGCGACCCGACAGCGCCGCGUAUGUCGACACGUGCUCGCUUUUUUUGCUUCAACUCGCGUGCAUUCUGAACAUGACGAGGGCGUGGCAGAAAGCAAAGCUCCGCCUCUUUUUAUGCGUGGAGGAGGGGCGGAGCCUUAAAGGGACGGAACAGAAACUCAAACACCUUUUGAAAGAUCUCCGAAUGAAGGCGGACAUCUGCACGGUUCCCUGGGAUUCCCAAAUCGCGCUCCAUUGGCAGCGGCAGACGCGGUCGGGAAAAAUCGAAGAGAUGGAAAGCGAAGAGGACGGAGUCGAAGACGAUAAAGUGUUCGUGAACAGUUUCCCUAGCAACACCUCGCGAGUGUCAGACGAAUAUUUACAAGCAGUUAACAAACUCAUCCUGGACCAGACGCUCCGCCCACCCGCCGUCCGCUUCCUGUAUUUGCCCCGCCCCCCCGCAGACACCAGCCGUUACCAUGACUACCUGAAUCAGCUAGAGCUGCUCACACGUAACCUGGGUCCGACCCUCCUGAUUCACGGGGUCACGCCGGUCAUCACCACUGACCUUUAACCUUCGGUUCCUCUUCACAGAAACGGAUAAAAGAUACGAAGCGCGUUUGGUUUAUUAUUUUCCACUUUUUUUGAGCACUUCACAUGUUUACUUGAAGAUUUACACGAUGUUAUGGAUCACGAGAAAACAUUCACCCAUUCCACCCGUUCCAUUCCGGUUCUUCCAUCUCUCCUUGUUCUAUUCUUUUCUCGGAUUGUAACAAUGUAACAAGUGGAAUUCCUGGAAUUCCAGAAUGUUGCUGCUUGAUAUUCCGGUGCUGUUCCUGAAUGUUUUUCCCUACAACGCCAACAAAGACUGGAAUGUUUUACAAUGUUUUUAGACACUCCAGAAGUAUUUUGCAUUUCCACAACAAAAGUACAAAGAUUUGUGAGUGUGUUUGUUUACUUGAUGCAAUAAUAAUAAUGUGUUUUGCAGCCAAGAUGAAUCUCUUGCCUUCAGCGGUACCACUGAGUUUUACAGUUUUACUGACACCAAACCAAAGUGCUUUGUGUCGUGUGUGUGUGUGUUUGGGGUCCACAUGUGCCUUGUGUUACAGAAAUAAACACACACACACACACACACACACACACACACACACACACACGACUAACAAACAGUACGACAGUAUACCUCCAAAUCACACUCCAAUCUGUGUUUGUAGCGUUUUUAAUAUGCAAUCAUUUUAAGCACUGUAAAAUUUAAGUAUAUAAAAAAAAAAAUUAAUUGUUUAAUAAUUGAAUAAAAAUAAAUAAUGUUUGCUUACU